GUCUCCCAAAUUCAUUCACACAAUCAGACAUAAUAUUCAGAUGUCGACUGCCUAUGGAUUUGAGUGCAAGCCUGGAGUGACCACAUUUGAAGGCCUACCGGAGCGCAUCAUACUAUCAAAGACUGGACUGGAGGUCGAGUUUGACGUAUACCGGGACGACACGGACUUUCGGGACAUGUAUACGAUAUGGGAGGAGAUUGUGGACGAGGGGAAGACCUACCCGCAAGACACCACUACCGAGGAGUCCUUCCGCGGAUACUUUCUGUCCCACAAUUGCUUUGUGUUUCGGUUGGUCGACACUCGCCGCACAAUCGGAGGCUUUUAUAUCAAGCCUAACUUUCCCGGCCGGAGCGCACACUUAGCCAACUGCGGUCUGGCCGUCAAAAUGGAGUACCGGAGCCACGGGUUGGGCCACUAUAUGAUGGAAAGAGUCAUAAAAUACGCCAAGUUAAUCGGUUACGAGGCCCUGUAUACGAACCUGGUGUUUUGCAGUAACCCGGCUAGUAUUACUGUGUGUAAAAAGUACGGGUUCGUGGAGGUGGGCCGACUACCCCGGGCCGGUAAUCUCAAGGGACUGGGAUAUGUCGAUGCGCUGCAACUCUAUAGGGAUUUAUCUGUUUAGAAAUGUUUGUGACAUAAAAAUUUAAUUGUAUUAUUAGUGCAAUGUUCUCAUGAUUUUAAUAAAUAUGUGAAAUGAAUAUCUAAUUUCGCGAUACUUUUACAAAUACCGG